UUAAAGUAAGUAUUGUAUUCAUCUGAAGACAGAAACUCACAGCACGCUGCUGCUCAACAUCUUUUUUAUCACCGACUCCACAGCAGUGCAACCAUGAAGCUUCAGACCACUCUAAUCCUUGGGCUCCUUGCUUGCUUAUUAUCAGGUGCUGCCAUUGCUGACGAAGACAUUGAUGAAGAUAAUUCUAAGAAAGAUUCUAUUGAGCUAGGAGAGGAAGAUGAAGAUUCUGACCUUGAUGAUAGCAAGGAUAAUGAAGAAGAAGAAGAAGAAGAAGAAGACGAAGACGAAGAUGAAGAAAGAGAAGAUGACUCGGACCUGGAAGAUGAUGAGCUUGAAAACCUAAUGAAAGAGAAUGAAGACAGCAGAGAAGAAGACCUAGAUGAUGACAAAGAAGCUAUGUCUCUGGAUGAAAGUCUUAAAAAGCUUGAAGAGCUGGACAAUGAGGAUGGAGACAGCAAUGUAAAAAAAGAUGAAAUUGAAAUGGAGGAUGAUUUAGAGUUAGAUUCCAUGGAUGACUGAAAUGCACAUGCAAGUUGGUGAACCAGAAUCAGCAACGAAGGCCUCUUCCACAGAACCAGCAGUUACUAAACUUUUCAAUAAACUUCACUUAUCUAAUAAGCAACAUCUGUCUUCCCUUUUAGUGGAUGUAGUAGUAUGUUCUUUUGAUCUUUUUUGGUGUGUUCUAAAAUUAGAUAAAGGAAUUUGUUUAAUAUCAAUGCCUUUAAUAAAUAUAGACAGCACUGAUUGUUGUCCAAUAAAACAAAAUUAGUUUUA